AUGAAAAUCGUCCUGUUCCGGCUGGCGGAGGCGAUCAACGCGGGGCAGGAGCAGGUGGAGAGGGCGGCCGACCAGGGCAUCGAUCCCCCGAACGCCAAGCAGGCGCUGCAGUUGAUCGUGAAGUGGGGGGAGCAGGUGAGCUCGAAGGAGUAUGUCGUGCAAGCGACCCGGUGCUUCUACGUCCUGACCAAGGAAUCUCCAGAGAGCGAGGUGGAAUGCCAUCGGUGGAUUUUCGCCGUCAACUUUCACCCGGAGCUGCGCCAAGCGUUCCAGACGCUUCGCGAGAACGGCUGCCUGCAGGCUCUGAGCAUCCAGUUAGGCAAGGAUGCCGCGCCCCGCAGCCGCGCCGCCCAGGACGUGGAGCGGUUGGCGUUCCGUUCGGGCGGGGGGAAGGGGGGGGCCAAUGCCAAGGCGAAGAAGAGGGCCCGCGCCAAGGCGUGA